AUGGCACCUAAGCGCCCGUCACCCUUGGACGAACCGCCGGCCGCUUCUUCAUCGGAGGAAGAGCAGGAAGCCUCAUCGGAAGAAGCAGCAUCCGGAUCCGGAUCUGAGGAGUCCGAAUCCGAAACCGAAGCUUCCGAGCCUCCGAAGACCACCUCCACGGCGAAGCCGCAACCGAAGAAGCCGGAAUCCGCCGCCGCCGCAAAGCCCCAGUCAUCUUCCUCCGGCGAGACGGAAACCGAUUCUGAGUCCGAAUCCGACGGCGAAAAUCUCGGCAACAGCAAAGUGCAUGUCAAGCCGAUCGCCUCCAAGCCCAUGGAAGCGGUCACGCCGCCGCCGAAGGCAACCAAGCCCAGAUCGAAGCCAGCUGCUUCUCCGGCGACAGCGAAAUCCGGCACCAAGCGGCCUAACGGCGGCGAGAGCGAGCUGAAUAAGGACUCGAAGAAGGCGAAGAAGAAGGGAGAUGAUCAGGAGGAGGAUGGAGUAGAAGAGGAAUCUUCGAAGAAAUCGAAACUGUUUCAGAGGCUUUGGAGCGAUGAAGAUGAGAUUAUUAUCCUGAAAGGGAUGAAUGAUUACGCCACGAAGAAAGGAGUGGAUCCUUAUGCUGACAUGGGUGCAUUCCAUGAGUUUAUCAAGAAAUCGCUGAAGGUGGAUGUGUCGAAGAUCCAAUUGCAAGAUAAGAUUAGGAGAAUGAAGAAGAAGUUUGAGAACAAUGUGAGGAAAAAGCACGAGCCGACUAAGCCUCAUGAAAAUAAGACUUACGAGCUGUCGAAGAAGGUUUGGGGAGGUGGUGAGGAUUUAGGUGGGAAGACGGAACAGCCCAAGGCUAAUGGGAAGGCGAAGGCUAAGAGUAAUCAGAAGGGUAACAGCAAGACUCUGGCUUCUAUGAAAGCUGAUCUGCUGGCGUCCCCGGAGCCUUCAAAGGAUGCUGAGAAGAGUGGAGCGUUUCUGAAGCGGGGUGCGUCUGGGAGUGUGUCGAGUGAGGUUAUUGGGUUCGAUAAGGGUUUCAAAGAGCUGGGGUUGUCUGAGACUAUUGUGCAGCAGGGGCUUGAGUUGAUUGGUGGAUCGAAAUGCGCUGCGCUGAAGGAUAAGUGGAACGAAUUGCAUGUUGCUGAACUGGAACUUUUUGUCAAGAGGACUGAGCUGAUGAGAAAUCAGGCCCAGAUGAUAUUGGAGGCCAUCAAGUCAGAUCAUUAG